AUGGCUAGACCAUUUGCUAACACGAUGGCCAAAGGGUCAUUUCUUCUCUUUCUCUUGACCAUCAUGACUUCCGUGAGACCAACACAUGCGUUUAAGGAAUUUGAGAUUCUUCCUAGAAGUGAUUCAUGCCCCAGUUCAUACGACACAUGCGGAGGAAACGUGCCCUCGGACUUCUGUUGUCCGUCAUCCUCAACCUGUCUCGUUCUUGACAACGACACUACAGUCCUCUGCUGCCCAUCCGGAAGCAGCUGUGACUACAUAUCACCAAUAACCUGCGAUAUUCAAGAGCAAAAUGCCACUUCUUACCCCAAAGCCUCAGUCAAGACGACACUACUCGAUGAGAGUCUCCCAACAUGUGGCAAGAAAUGCUGCCCAUUUGGAUACACCUGUGAAAAUGACAGCCUCUGCCACAUGACAAACUCAACAACCACAAGUACGACUACAACAUCAAGUACUGCAACUUCAACAACUUCAACCUCAACAGCCUCAUCAACCACCGACCUCUCAGCCUAUGGCGCAACCUUCACGCCAGUAUCCACAUCCGUCUCCGCAUCCUCUCUAAACGCAGACUCGACCUCUUCUGCCAACUCAACAGUCACCAGCUGUCCAUCCUUCCCAAGCAAAGCAGUACUAGCAGGCUUCUUCCCAGGAGCCCUCUUCGGCGCCAUCGCUGCCCUCUUAAUCUCCACCUGCGUCCGCCACCGUGCCGAAAAGAAACACCUAGCAGAAAUAAAUCAAGACUCCAAAUCCACUGGACACAAUUGGUCCAGCCGAUCCUCCUCAGGCGCCGUCCUCGGAAUCUCAAGCCCCAUAGCCUCAGAAGAUGCAUCCUACCGCACAGACUUCCUCCUCCGGAACCCGAGCGACAAGCGUUCUUCGAUGAGUUCCCGGUCCAUGCGUUCAAUGAUGAACCGUUCUGGCUCUCGGGUGCGCAGUCUAUUCUCGACUGGUGUACCCGGACAAGAUAAGGAUGUGCCUCCGCUCCCUACCGCAUCAGAGCUCCCUGUGCAACCCGAUCCUGUGACGCCGCCUAGACAGCGCGAGCCUAGUACCGAGAGUAUCAAGGUGUAUUCGCCGCCUGCGGUGUUCAUGCAGUCGAGGCGGUUUCUAGGGCCGGAGCCGUAUCCGAGCCGUAUUGCGAGGCCGUCGACUACGUUUACGGAUUUGGUGCAGGCUGUUGGUUUUAAUGAACCGAAGGGAAAUCAGUCUUUCAAGGUGCAUGAAGUGAGGAGGAUUACUUGA